AUGACGAAUUUCCCUGUUGAUUUUGGAGUGAAGGAAUUAUGGGAUGCAUGUGCGAAGGUGGGGACUGUGGCUGAUGUUUACAUUGCAAAGAAUCUAUCCAAAUUAGGUAAACAUUUUGCCUUUGUUUGUUUCAUUAAAGUGUCAGAUGAGAAACUGUUGGAAAGUAAGAUUAGAGAUAUUUGGUUGGGUUCAUACCAUCUGUUUGCUUCAGUAGCACAUUUUCAGCGAGAACCUGAUCGUAAGGGGCAGUCUAAUUCACAUGUGCAUGGUGAUCAGGUGGUGUCGAAACUUAAUGGGCAGGGGCUCGGAUCCUAUGCGACUGUGGUUAAGGGGGCUUCGGUGUUUGCGAAACUCAGGGAUAUUAGGUUGAUUCAAAAUUUGUUUGUGUUAUUGAAAGAAGAAGGUUUUGAUGAUCUUCAAAUCAAGUAUGUUGCUAGUGAUUGGGUAUAUUUGACAUUUUUGUCUGAAGAGGUUUGCACCAGGUUCAAGAAAUGUAAAGGUAUUAAGGCUUAUUUCUCUUUGUUUAGGCCGGAUGUAAAUGGGUUUUUUGUUAAGGAAAGAGUUGUGUGGAUUGAGAUGAUUGGGUUGCCUUGUUGUGCAUGGAAUGAAGAUGAUGUUUCUAAGGUGGCUAGCAUGUGGGAUGAUGUAUGUUUUCUAGAUGAUGAUGGGGAUGCUCCAUUGGCAAUCAAAAGGGUGUGUAUUAGGACGUCUAAGCCGACUUUGAUCCAUGAGGCAUUUAAAGUGGUUGUCCAAGGUAUUGAGUAUGAUGUGGCAGUUCGUGAAGUUUUUAAUUGGGAACCGGAUAUAUUGGAAGAGGGGGAGGUGGGCUUGGAUAUUCCAGACUUGUCGGAUGAAGAGGAAGCCAAUGAUUUUUUUGGUGAAGAUGCGUGUGAUCUACAAAAGGAUUGUCAAGAGGGUAAGGGUGAUGAGGAGGUGGUGGAUUCUUUUAAUGUGGAUAACACUCCAAAUUUAGUUGAUCGAGGAGCCGGUUUUGUAGAUAGAAAAGGUCAUUUUUUUCAAACUAGUGGAAGGAAGAAGAAGGUGGAUAGAUGCUUUGAAGAUGAUGAGCAGGUCAAAUCGAUCCAGGUUGAUGCAUCGGUGAAGUCGCCAACUAGGCAUUAG